AUGCAGGGCGCUAGUCGUGCGAAGAGUUGGGCUAAAGCAGUGCAAAAGGAAUGGAAAAUUCUGGAGAACGACUUACCAGAAACCAUUUACGUGCGAGCGUUCGAGGACCGCAUGGAUCUGCUCCGGGUGGUGAUGAUGGGCGCAAGCGGGACACCGUAUCAUGACGGCCUCUUCUUCUUCGAUCUGCAGCUACCUCCUUCGUACCCGGAUGCCCCACCACAAGUGUAUUACCACUCCUUCGGCCUACGCCUCAAUCCAAACCUCUACGAGUCUGGUACAGUGUGCCUCAGCCUGCUAAACACAUUCGGUGGCGAGGGCACCGAGGUCUGGUCCUCGACGGAGUCAAGCCUCCUCCAAGUCGUUGUCUCCAUCCAGGGCCUUGUCUUCAAUGACAAACCAUACUACAAUGAGACUGGCUACGAGACAAUGGUCGACAAACCGGAGGGUCGCCGCAAUGCGCUGCCCUACAGUGAGAAUGCUUACCUGCUCACCCUCCGGACCAUGCUACACCUUUUACGUCGGCCACCUCGGGGAUUUGAGGAAUUCGUUAAGGAACACUUCCGCCAUCGGGGAAGGUUUGUGCUCGGGGCAUGCAAUGCGUGGCUGCAGGGAAAUAUUGUCGACAAUGCUCAUGCCACUGAAGUGAGUAGGAAGCAGCCGUGCUCGGCUGGGUUAAGGCUUGCACUCACCAAGGUAGUGCCAAGCCUCGUGGCAGCCUUCACAGAGAUCCGAGCCAAGGGGUGCGAAGAGUACCAGUAG